CAGGCAACGAUUACUCUUUUUCCUCUAUUUUAGUUAUCCUUGCAGUCUGAGAUAUACAAUACAAGUUUUAUCAUGCCUGUAAUGGAGAGUUUGAUCAAACUAUUCAAUGAGUUGGAAAUCCAGCUACUUGUGCUCCUCAGCUUCACACUACAACUGUUUCUCUUCUUUGCUGGCAACCUUCGCCGCAGUAGCAGCAACAGUCUCUUAAGACUCUCCCUUUGGGCAGCUUACUUGGGGGCCGACCUAGCAGCAGUUUAUGCACUCGGCUAUCUCUCACGGCAUGAGCAGACCCAACAGCUAGCCUUCUUUUGGGCGCCAUUUCUCCUCAUCCAUCUUGGAGGGCAGGACACUAUUACUGCUUUUGCUAUGGAGGACAACAAUUUGUGGUUGAGGCAUCUGUUGAAUCUGGUGACACAAGUUAACCUAGCUUUAUAUGUUUUCUGGAAGUCCAUUGGAAGACACAAUGUCGAACUUUUAAUUUCCGGCAUCUUUGCAUUUGUUGCUGGAAUUAUAAAGUAUGGAGAAAGAACAUGGUCUCUCAAAUGUGGCAGCCUUACAAACCUUGAAAGCUCAGAUGCAUAUCAUUACAGAAAAAGACUGCCGGAAGGAAUUGGGAGUGAUUGUGGCUUUGUUCGUGCUGCUCUGCAAUCUAUGCCAUCUGUCAUUGAUGUUUUAUCCGAGCGCAGCUUGCUUGAUGUACCAACCGAUUUAGUAGACACCAUAGAUGAUUGCGACCAAAUGAUUGGGAUGGUGAGACUUCAGCUUGGCAUGAUAUAUGAUGAUCUCUACACUAAGGCUCUUGAGCUCAGAACUCGCAAUGGAGUUAUACUCAGAUGCAUCUCCCAGGCCUCUGUUAUCAUUGCUUUUGCGCUAUUCUAUGCAAGUGACAAAGAGAGGUAUAAGAAAGCUGACAUUGCGAUCACCUAUUCAUUAUUUGUCGGAUGUUUUUUCCUGGAACUCUGUUCAAUGUUUAUUCCCAUGAUGUCACCAUGGACAUGGGCAUGGUUGAAGGUUCAAAAAUGUGAUGGACUUGCCAAAUUGUCGUGGUUUAUUUUUUGUUGUGACACUGGAUACCCAAAGAUCAAACAACGGUGGCCAAAUUUGAUUGGACAGUACAACCUGCAUAGCUGGCUGACUGACAGUGACCUGCAACCAAAGACAUACAGCAAACGAAUAAUGAUAUUGUUCAGAAAGUUGUUUGUGGAUUUCUUCGGUGUUGGAAAGAAGAAAAUAUUUUGGCUGAGCAAGAUAUUAGACAUUGAGUACGUGGAUGUGGAUAGCAUGAUUGUGGAGUUCGUCGGAAAAGAGGUUAGACUAUUACUGUAUGAAUUCCCAAUUGAUCAACCCCAAGAGUGGCGACAUAUUGGCCUCCUGCUUAAAAAUAUACAGAAAGGCUUUGUUAGAGAUUUUGGCCAAGGUAUUAUUGCCAUGCAUCACGCCACUGAGACAUUCUUGAGAAAAUAUGCUGCUUCUCAUUCAGACAUGGAGGCAAAUGCUACAAGGGCAGAGGUACCUUCUGGUCUGAUGGACGUAUGCCGGAAACUAUCAAAGUACAUGAUAUACCUUUUGGUUACCCAACCUUCCAUUCUGCCGCUCUCCAUCAGCGCAGCAGCUACCUUAGAUCAGUUUCAGGAACCUAAAGUACUUGGAGAGAUCACGGGGAUAGUCGAUGAGCUAUGUCAGUUGGAUCCAAGCAAGGAAACACUAGAGGAGUUAGCGCGCAUGUGGACGCGGCUCCUCCUUUACGCUGCUGGCAAGUCGAGGGCUGCGAUGCAUGCUGUGCAGCUGAGCAGAGGAGGAGAGCUCAUCACAUUCGCCUGGUUACUCAUGGCCCACUGUGCAAUGGGCGAUUCCCAUGUUAGAAGGAUCGAACUGACCAAUACUGAUACUACUUUAGCUAGAGAUGUACGGUUGAGGAAGACAUAUGCCUUCCUUGUUCCUCAAGACGAGGAUUAGCGGUAACUGAAAAUCGGUCCUUGUUUGUUUAUUUUUUAUUUGCCUACUAAACUGCUAGUAGCCAACUAACCAGCAGCUAGAGCAAUACAGAACAUUUU